AUGGAAGGAGAAACGAGCGCCGCUCAAUCUUCCUCGGGCCCCCCGCCACUACCGUAUUCGCUGUACAAACGAAAGAAAUCGAUUGCGUUCUUCUGGACAUUGUUUGUUAUCGAUGCUCUGGCGCAGCCCGUGGUUCUGUUCUGGACGCUAUGGUAUGCCACAGAUUUGUCACAUAAUAUGGUAUUUACCAUAGUGACGAUUACGUUGGGCGGUGUCUCCGUAUUUGAGUACUUUUACCGACUCUACAACCUAUUCCGUAAAGACUCCUGCACUCGACCUUUGAACGCCAGAAGAUCAUGGCUAGACUUCUUUCAGAUCAAUUUCACCCUUGUUUGGCUGAUAUUAGCCGUCGAGCUCAUUGUAGGGACAGUAUCUCCCGAGCCGUAUGUACGACUGGUCGCCAUGGUCCUCCCCACUGUGAUGUUCUACUUUGGUGGCGUGUUUCUCACCCUAGAUAUCCUACGAGCCUGCGGCUUCAGAGCGCCCUUCCGGAUUUCAUCCACGCCAAAAGGAUCAGUCAUGCCAACAGCGUUAUAUGUCCUUAUUGAAGACGUGGUUGCAGUCGAUGGUGGAGGUGGUCAAAUCUAUCGAUACGCGCUUCGCACUAGAUAUCUUUCCAGCCCAUACUUCCGACGAAUGCUUGUCCAAAUGAAUUUCUUCUGGGCUGGUGGUUCUGUUAUAUGGGCUGCUGCCAUCACUGCGAUCGUCUUCACGGUGCCACAAUCGGUUGCUUACACUCUUGGAUGGUCAUUGCCCUUCGUAUGGGCGGGACUUUGGACUCUGAUUACUAUUCCGUGGGUGAAGAGUGAUCUUCGACGUGAGCAAGAGCUAUGGCAUGAGAGUCAAGGCCAAGGAGGUGUGCCCUACACCGAUGAUAUAAACGCUCCAUCUGCCAAAACGCGCCUCGAGUCCAUCCACUUACCGCACUUCUUCCCCCAACUCCGCGAAAAGGCGUCUUCUCCCUCGACGCUAUCUGAUGUCUAGCUAAUUAAGUUGUCGGAAAUUCUCGAUUCGUCAACAUCCGUUCCAAUUUAUCAACUAAGAAGCUACCAACGUUUGUUUGCAAUGCCAACGCCCGGAGCAGGUCUCUGUUAUGCAGCAAAAGUAAAAACUCCAUAUACUGCGCGAAUUUUCACUACAUAUCUUAUGCCAUUGUGUUUCAGAUAACACCGAUAUACCAACAAAAACAGAAAAAAAAAAAUCCAAUUGGCGUUGGUUGAAAUGAAGAUGAUGAGAUGCGAAUAGAUACCCACUGUUUUUCUCUGCGACUUUUUGGUGAUUUAUAUCCAUUGACUGUAUUGUUGAAGCGAGCUUAUACCCUUUGCGAUUCUGUGCCAUGGAUAUGAGCGGGUUCUAGGAGUAUGAAGGGGCUUUUCAUAUGUAGUCAAAACCAAAUCAUAACCCAGCACGGUCCUAACAUCCGAUCAGAAGGCGGGAUAUGGGUGG